UCUGGCGCUCAGAGCGAGGCCGAGGCACAACGACUUCAGCCUCUGGGCCGAGCGUACCUAUUCUGGCGCUGCUGUGAUCUUCCAGACGAACCGCUGACAUAGCAGUCGUGUUUUAUUUCUAUCAUAUUUCGGUCCUCGAACGGAAGUGUCUUCGCUCGUCGAUUAGAAAAAGGAAGUUAGGCGUCGUUGAGUGUGAUGUGUCACCGAGAAUAAGGAUUCUUUUAAAGCGUGCUUGUGUGCUGUGAGCCUGUGACCGAAGUUCUUUCUCUUCGCGUGGCCCCUGAACUUUCCAAAGGCGAGGAUAGAUGGGUGAGAGGCAUUUAGACGGCCAAAGGCCUACCGGCGCCUUUGACAAUCCUAUCGGCGUGUCGGACUGUCUCGAUCCAGACUGCGAUGGAGGAUCUUUCUGCGAGGCGCCCCAACACUUCACCGCAGUCUUGUCUGGGAUGGGGGGAGACGAGCCCCCGGCCCACAACGGGCCGAAUAACCCGAAUAAUGAAAUCUGCGUCUCUCGACCGGCCCUCAAUAUCAGUCAGCGCUGCAUGAACUACCAUUACGAUAAGGGCGAGCAACUAAGUUUUUUGGAGUCGGCCAAGAAGAAGAUCGUAGGGUCGUGCGCCUGCUCGGGGAACUGCGUGAAAUCCACCAUUGCGGGACGUCUGCCCAUUCUGUCCUGGUUGCCGACAUACUCCUUCAAGAAUGACCUCAUGGGCGACGCCGUGGCUGGCGUCACUGUGGCCAUCAUGCACAUUCCUCAAGGGAUGGCGUACGCGCUGCUCGGCGGACUUCCGCCUAUCAUCGGAAUCUACAUGGCUUUCUUCCCCGUCCUCGUUUAUGUCUUUCUCGGAACUUCCAGGCACUGCUCCAUGGGUACUUUCGCCGUCAUUUGUCUCAUGACUGGAAAAGUUGUCAGCGAGUUGGCCACUGACGAGAAGACUAUAGAAGCGAUGAACAAUCAAACGUUGCUGGGUGAAAAUAUAACAAACACGAAGCCUGUCUAUUCUGUCCACCAGGUGGCAGCCCUCGUGUCGUUCAUGGUUGGGGUAUGGGAGGUUAUCCUGGGUAUGCUACAACUUGGUGUGCUCUGCGUUUUCCUCUCUGACAUGUUGGUCUCAGGUUUUACUACAGGAGCUGCUGUUCAUGUUCUGACAUCACAAGUCAAAUACUUGUUUGGCAUCAAGGUUCCACGGUAUAAUGGCCCCCUAAAGAUCAUAUAUACAUACAGAGACAUCAUAAGUCAGAUAUUGUCAUCAAAUCCUGCCGCCAUGGUUGUGUCAGGCUUAACUAUUACAGUUUUAGUUUUCAACAAUGAAAUACUGAAACCAAUAGUGCGUAAAAGGACCAUCAUCCCCAUUCCAAUUGAACUGAUUUGUGUUAUUGCUGGCACUACAGCAUCGUACUUUGGAAAUCUUCAUGGGACCUACGACUUACUGAUUGUUGGAGACAUUCCAACUGGAUUGCCUGAACCAACUGCACCACCAUUUGCAUUGUUGCCUCGCGUCCUUGUUGAUACUUUUAUCAUCACCAUUGUUUCCUACACAAUAUCGUUCUCCAUGGCUAAGAUUUUUGCUAAAAAGCACAAUUAUGAAGUGAAUGCAACCCAAGAGCUCUAUGCACAGGGUCUUAGCAACGUGUUCGGGUCAUUCUUUUCAUGUGCACCAAUCUCAGCCUCCCUCUCUCGCUCUCUGAUCCAAGAGUCAGUUGGUGGUGUCACUCAGCUCACUUCACUUAUUUCCUGUGUGAUACUGGUCUUUGUUCUUCUCUUCAUUGGACCUGUGUUUGAAAAUUUGCCAAAUUGUGUUCUGUCUUCAAUUAUUGUGGUUGCUCUGAAAGGAAUGUUCCUGCAAUUCAAUGAGCUAAAGAACAUAUGGAAAGUUAGUCGAAUUGAUGCAUCAAUCUGGAUUGUGUCAUUUUUGUCCGUUGUUAUUAUUGACAUUGAUUUUGGACUUAUGCUGGGCAUCAUCAUGUCUCUUCUGGUUUUGCUUUUACGAUCUCAGAAACCCAGCAUUGCUCGUUUAGGCCGUGUACCCAAUACUGAUCUCUACCUUGAUGUACACAAAUACUCAGCGGCGAUAGAUGUACCUUCAGUCGUCAUAUUCCAGUUUACUGGGCCACUUCAUUUUGCUAACAGUGAACAUUUUCGUUCAAGUUUAUUUUCUGUUAGUGGCCUGACUCCUUCCUUUAUUAUUGCAAAUAGAGUGAUUCGACAGCAAAGUGCAUCAGAGCCAGAUUUAUCCAGCCAGUCCAAUGGGGAGUUGAACUUGGCUGUGCCAUCUGGGGACACAAUUACAGAAAAGCAGAGGAAUGGAGUUGCAAAGUUAAUUAAGAGCAAACUUCACACUCUGAAAACUAAGCAAGUUGCUUUAAACAUACCAGAUGUACAGUGGCUGAUCAUUGAUAUGAGUGGUAUAAGCUACAUAGAUUCAACAGGUGCAAAAGUACUUAGUCAGAUAAAUAAGGAAUACAAAGAUGCAGGAAUCACCCUCAUUCUAGCUGGUACCACAGAAAAUGUGAUAGAUGCUCUUGAACAAUGUGGCACCCUUAAAUCUAUAACAGCUGAGAAGGUCUUCCACACAGUUCAUGAUGCUGUUACAGUUAUUUCUAAUGACUCUUUAAAUAAUUGCACCAGAUUAUAACAGUGAUGAGUAUUGCUUUACUAAUUUCCUUAUUGUAAUAAGGCUUGUAAAACCUUGCACAGCUGGACCAGAUGAGGAGAAAGUGUCGAAGAUGAUCUGUGGCAUUGCUUAAUUCUCCCCAUUGAAAAGUUCCUUACUGCUUGAACCUGCUGACCUUUUAUAGUACGUAGUAGUAUUUUUUCCCUCAUGUCACUUAUAAAUCUUAUUCACUGAUUGUUGUAAUUCAAGACACAAGUUGGCUCAAUGCCUUGAAACCUUGAUCCCUCAAAGGAUUACCCAGUCAACACUAAGCUCAAUAGCAUAGUAACAACAGCAUGUUGUUACUUUGUUGAGGUAAGCAUAUUAGUUUCUAGGUCAUCUAGAAUGUUACAACUUUUCUCUCUAUUGUGACUACGUAUUGUAUACUAUUUAAUUUAAGCAAAUUAAGAUGUGCCAUUUAAAACAAGACAGAUAAGGUUGAUGCAUAUUGAGAAAAGAAGAUGGCAGGGUCCCAGAUGUGCAAAGUUUUCAUGCAAAUUUAAUUUUAGUCACAAAUCUAUUUUGAUGUUAAACUGCAGUACUUUGGGGUAAUUUCUCAUUGCACUUCCAUAGGGUUUUUAAAAUUAGUGUAACAUGCAGAAAAAAUUUUUUAAUGUGUAAGUUCUACACAUGUGCAUUACAGACCUGAUGGUGUUGACUGAAUCUGUGAUAAGUCUGUACAUAUGAAUUAAAAAUGAUUCUAUACAUUUCUAUUUUGAUCUAAACUUUUCUAAGUCAAUUGGAAGUUUGUAUUGUAGUUAAAAUGACUACUAUUGUACAUUGAUUUUUUAAAUCUGCUAAAAACUACCUGUGUGAUGGAUUGCCUUUGACUAAAAAGACUGGUAUUUCAUGAAGUAACAUUUAAUAGUGAGUAAAUGGACAAAAAUAUUUUUUUAAUGAGGAGUUUUAGUCUUAUUUUUGUAUAUAGCUGAUGGGUUUUUAUAGUGUUGUGUACUGUACUGCACUUUUAAUAUCAGUAUAAUUACUCAGGUUCCUUUUUACAAUACACUGCUUAAUUUUCUUUAAGGGCAAAAUAGUUUCUACUUCCACUGAAAUUUGAAAAAUGAAAUAAAUUAUUGUAAUUUAGAUAGUGAUGCAUACAAAAUGUCAAUAAUAACUUGUCCAGUGGGUUAUGGUAGAACACAUUACAAUAUUUAGAUGUAGACUGAAUCCAUGAUCGUAGCUAGUGAAAAGCAGGCCUUGCUGAGGUUUUAUAUCCUUAUCUCGGAUUUUUUGUACUGUGUUUACAUUUUCACACUACGUAUAUGCAUUGUCAAUAAUGAAUUUUUAUAUUUAUUAAUUUUUAUUAAUCUAAUUGAAGCAUGAUGGAUUAAGUGGUUUGAAAUACAUGAAUACUUGAACAUGUUUAAAAGUAGGAUUAUAGUGCCACUCUAUAUUGCAUUUCCACAUCUUUGUUAAAUGCCAUUUUGACUACAAAAAGUCAGUACUUUUUUACUGAUUGUACACUGGAUUAUGCUUAUCAUGAGAGGACCAUCAUAAUAAUAGCAUUAGAUUUAAUGAAAAAUAUGAUGUUAGAUCCCUGAACUAGUAUCUGAAGCUGAUGAUUUUGCUUGUUGUAUUUGGAUCAGUGAUAAUCUAUUUUAUAAGCCAAGUUUGGCUGUCUUUGGAGAAAAAACAUAAAAAACAACAUUAUGCUGUUAUCCUGAGAAAUAUUGAAUUAAUGAUUGAGCCCUGGUAUGCAGCUGUUAAUGACGAAUAUCAUGAUUGCCAAGUGGAAUAACAUACACAGUAUUAUGAUAGGCAAGUGGAAAAAAUUUAUUUGUAAAUUCAAUAUUUGCCUUUAAUUCAUAUGCAUAUGAAGAAAAAUAUAUGUUAUGCUGAGUAACAGUAACAUUUGAAAUUCUAAAAUACUGUAUACUACUCCAGAUACUGGUGUAUAUUCCUUGCUGUAUCAUGCAUAAGUGUUGAAUUUAAUUAAAUGAUCACUGCUCUGCUACAAAUAAGGAUAAUAAUUGAUGAAAAUACUAGUUAUGGAAUGUAAGAGCACAUGUAAAAUCAGUUAAGUGUCCUGUAUAUUAUAUUUAAAUGUUAUAAACAAGUCAGGUCCAAGUGUUAUGCUUUUCUUGUUUUUAUAGUGUUAGAAUACUAUAGUCAAAUUAGUCCACUCUAAGCUUUGUAUUGUCUUUUCAAACUAGAACAGAAUACUGAGUGUAGUGAUAAUUACAAGGUGCUGUUGUACUGUUGAACUGCAGUUAAAAAUUGUCCAUAAAGUGCAUUAAAUGUAAAUUAUCAGUACAAACACAUGAAGGAAAGACCAUAAAUUUUUCUAGCACAUACUUUGUACAGAUAUUUCACUUAUGAAUCCAGCGUUCUUUGUUCAAAGUAAUUAUUUUUACAACUGAAGUACUGUAUCAUAGAUAAUGUUAAUCUGUAAAAUAUUUAUUUUAUCCUUUACUUUUAUAACAUAUUAAGCAUUGUCUUACAGGGGUAUUGCAAGCAUUAUGAGAGUGGUAAUAUGCUUGCACUAACAACUUUCAUUAUGUAAGAUGUAAUGAGCAUCUAUUCCACUAUCCAAGACAUUCUCUUACUUUGUGACAAUCUUGUAGCAGUUCACUGCCUAAGCUGAAAUGGAUUAGCAAAGUAGGCAUUUAGAACAAUCUGUGCCUCUGCAUUUGGGGAAUGUCUGAUGAGAGAGAGGGAUUGGCUCUUGAGUCAGUGUUCAUCCUAGAAACUGAUCAGCCUUGUGCCAAAAGAGUGGUCAUUUCAUUUUUUCUUACAGUAUGAGCCUUCCUUCUUAUUUCUCUUCUUUAAUACAGACGUGAAAAUAAUGUGAACAAUAAUCUGGUAUUUCAUCAGACAGAUUCAUCCAUUUACUUAGCUUGUCAAAGUAGAGUGGAUUUUUUUAAUUGUUGCAUUUUGUUUUUUUAAAUAAGGUGCAAAGCAUUAAUCAUAUCAGUGCAUGUGGAAUUUGCAAUUGUAACAUUAAAUUUGUCCGAGAUUAUAUUUACUGUAACCAUAACAUUCUUUUCAAGAAUAUUUUAGGUACCAUUAACUCAUACUAGUCUUAUAAUUUUGUUCAUACAGUAUUUAACCAUGAAUACAAAUUCCAUUCAUAUUGAAGUGCUAAAACACUAAAAAUGUCUUAGCUUUUUAAUUGCUACUUUUUAUUGAUACACGUUUUGAUUAAUCCUUAUACAAUACUACUCUGUUGAUGUGCAAUGUAUUUUUUAACUUUUUCCUUUAUACUACAAUACAGUACUACUAAAUUUCAUGAUGUAUACAAAACUAAUGUACACAGAAGGAUUGUUCUACUUCAUUUUUUAGUUAAGUAUUUCUUGAUCCUCAUAUUUUACUAAACUAUCUUCAUGAAAACAGAAUCGAAAUUCUUAACUUUGUAGAUUCUGUUUGAUUACUAUUCAUUUGGGGGUUACUGCUUGCACAAAGUACUGUAGGCAGUAAGGACUUGCACUUUACUAUCCAUUCAUCUAUAACUGCAGUAUUCUUCACCUUUUACUUUUACAGACUUCACUGUAGUUUUCCCACCCAGCUGUUGAAUGUCUCAAACUGUGCCUUGCUCCAAUUUUGACAUUACAUUUGGGAAAAAGUUGUUCAAGACAGCCAUGUGAGAGGUAUAGAAAUGUGACUCAGUUGGCUGGUAAAACUAAUCUAUAAUAUUAAUAGUGUGUGCUGACUAAACUUCACUUUGGGUGUUCAUUGCAGCAGAUACUUUUCAACAUACUAUAUUAUUUUAUACACACUACUACCAACGAAUACUGUACGUGAUUGUGGAUUUGUACAGUAUCUUAGUGUCAACGUAAAAUGUUUUGUAAUUUUGUAUACUGUACUGUAUAAUGAUGCAUAAAUUUUGUACAUAAAUUUGUGUAUAUGUGCAAAAUGUACCUGAAGUUAUUUUGUACUUCUGGUAUGCAUGGGAAUGUGUUAACAUGCAAUGUUACAUGGUAUGCAAUCAUGACAGUUUUGUUAUAUUAUAGCUGAUGAAAUUAGCAUCUGUGUUGUAGCAAAUGCUUAGUUAUUUUGUAUAGACAUUAAAAUGAAUAUGCCUUAAAGUAGUACUACUGUAUUUUUUGUGGAAGAUAUUUUCAUUUUGAUGUAUGAACUUUGUGAACAGUUAUUUAAAAAUAAAACAAUAUGCAUACAGUA